CAGCUGGGCGGUGCCCUCGCGCUGGACUUGUGCAUGUUGACCACGCCCCUUCUGCAUUUCGGAGAAGAUGGCGUCGCAAGUACAGAGAGGAGUGCCUCUAAGUGCGCUCUGUCCCAAGUUCCUCCACACAAACUCCACCAGCCACACCUGGCCCUUCAGCGCGAUCGCAGAAUUAAUAGAUAAUGCCUAUGAUCCAGAUGUCAAUGCCAAGCAGUUCUGGAUUGAUAAGACCCAGUUUAAAGGCCAAGACUGCCUCAUCUUCAUGGACAAUGGAAAUGGGCUGGACUAUGAAAAGAUGCACAAGAUGCUCAGCUUCGGUUACAGUGACAAGACAGUCAUAAACGGCCAGCACCCGAUUGGUCUCUACGGUAAUGGUUUCAAGUCGGGGUCCAUGCGUCUGGGACGAGAUGCCAUCGUGUUCUCCAAGUCUCUAGAUGGAGACACCAUGCAUGUAGGCAUGCUCUCACAGAGCUACCUGGCACAGAUCAAAGCAGAGCAGAUCAUCGUACCCAUUGUCUCCUUCCAACGCGUUGCACACAACCAGUUCCGUGUGAAUGAGAAGCACAAGGCCAGUCUGCAGGACAUCCUGUAUUACUCUCUCUUUAAGACGGAGAACGAGCUGCUCACAGAGCUCAAAGCCAUCAACUCCACCUGCUCCAUGGGCUCUUCAGGAACACGCAUCAUCAUCUGGAGCCUGCGCAGGACAUUAACAGGACAGACAGAAUUUGAUUUCACAACAUCCAGUUAUGACAUCAGAAUCCCGUUGGAUGUGUUGGAGAGCACCAGUGAGCAAUACAGGCGGUCGGAGCUGCUCACAAAACCAGAGAGUUACUACUCGCUACGUGCAUACUGCAGUAUUCUUUACUUGAAGCCGCGUAUGCAGAUCGUCAUUCGAGGGCAGAAAGUGAAGACUGAGCUCAUCUCCAAGAGCCUGGCAUACAUCGCUAAGGACUAUUACAAGCCCAACUUUGUGAACAGACGUAUUCCCAUCACCUUUGGGUACAACACCAAGAGCAAAGACCAAUACGGCAUCAUGAUGUACCACAAGAACCGCCUCAUAAAACCUUAUGAGCGAGUGGGCGUUCAACUCAAGGCCAACAUCCAAGGUCUUGGGGUCAUUGGGGUUAUCGAGUGUAACUUUUUGGAGCCCACCCACAACAAGCAAGAUUUUGACAAUACCGACAAAUACAGGAAAACCAUCAACAACUUAGGGGUUAAGCUGGAGGACUACUGGAAAGAGAUCCGCUUUAAAAGAGACAAAGAAGAUCCUAACAGCACCGUACCAGUGGAAGACACCAUGAAGCGCCCGGACCAGAACUGGGUGCAAUGUGACACCUGCCUGCGCUGGAGGAAGCUGCCAGAUGGGAUUGAUUGCAGACUGCUCCCAGAGAAGUGGUUCUGCCACAUGAACCCCGACCCCCAAUUCAGGAGCUGCAUGGUAGAGGAAGAGCCUGAAGACUCCGAUGAUGACCAACCUUCAUACCAGAAAACCUACAAGCAACAUGAAAGGAACACCAAAAUGCAGCAGGAGUGGAAACGACAACAGUAUGAAGAUGAGCAGAAAAAGGCAGAGCGGAUGCGGAUCGCAGCGCUGGCUCGGCAGAACGAGGCUCUGAGGCGCCAACAGGAGGACCUGAAACUGCAGCUUAUAAAGACAUCGAGCUUCAGGACAGCUGUACAGAUGUCUCCAGCUUCAGCUCCCCCCACAGUCAGAGUUAAUGUGAAGGCACCACUGAGCACUAGGGCUACCACAGCAUCACCACUCAGUGCUAGGCCCAGAUCAUCUCCUCUCAGGAUCUCUCCCCUCACACAAUCAGGGACCAGCCCUUCCUCCAACCACAUGCCCAUCAUCUCUAGCGUGUGCUCUCUUUCAAGCCCUCCAGCCCCUUCAACACCUUCAAGAAUGAAGAGAACAUUGGCCAUGACCUCUGAAAGGGACACCAAAAGACCCAGGGUGAACGGUUUCCACCAAAACACCUCUAUGGGGACCGCAUCAACGGCAGCAGAGAUGAAUGUGUCAUCCCCAUCAGUCAUCAUCCCUAUUGACGAUGAUGAUGAUGAGAUCACGGAUGACGAUGACAUUGUUAUCUUGGAGACCAACAGCACCCCUAUUCCAAAGAAGGCAACCUUUGACAUGGCCAAGGUAAAGUCAGAGAGUAGGUCUGUGGAAACACCUUCUGGCACUGGCAACGUUAGGACCAAUGGCAUAGGAACAAGCUCCGUGGAGAUGGGAACCGCAGCGACCAACCUCUCCCCUCUACCACCUUCCUCAGAGCAGAUGAGCAUCACCACCCAGACAGACAUACGGGGUGAAGUGAAGGAUGAAGAGGAGGAGCGAAAGAAAAAGGAGGAAGUAGAAAAGGAGAAGGAGAGAAUAGAGAACCGGACAAAAGUGAAGAACAAAGAAGAGGACGACAAGAAGAGGGAGAAGGAGGAAAGAGAUAGGAAGAGAACAGAACCAGGCCCAUCCUCUGCAGGCCCAUCCUCUGCAUGCCCAUCCUCUGCAGGCCCAUCCUCUGCAGGCCCAUCCUCUGCAGGCCCAUCCUCUGCAGGCCCAUCCUCUGCAGGCCCAUCCUCUGCAGGCCCAUCCUCUGCAGGCCCAUCCUCUGCAGGCCUAUCCUCUGCAGGCCUAUCCUCUGCAGGCCCCUCCACACCAGGCCCCUCCACACCAGGCCCCUCCACACCAGGCCCCUCCACACCAGGCCCCUCCACACCAGGCCCGUCCUCUGCAGGCCCGUCCUCUGCAGCUCCAUCCACACCAGGCCCGUCCACACCAGGCCCAUCCUCUGCAGGUCCAUUUUCUGCUGGCCCAUCUGUCCCAGACCCAUCAGACCUUCCUCGGAUUGACUUCCGUAACCUGUCAGAGGCCCAGGAGCAGCAAGAUCAGCUGCUGGAGCUCAUGCAGGCUGCAGCCCAUGAGAGGGACCAGUUCAAGGAGCAGGUCCACAAGCUGACCUGCCAGCUCCAUGACCUUGAGGGCAGCAUGCAGGAGCAUUCCCGGGCCGCUGUGAAGAGAGAGCAAUGCCACCUGGCCUGUCAGACUGGAGCAGGGGAUGGAGAACGAGAGCAAGCAGAGGGGAGUAAGGUCAGUGACCAGCUGGCUGUACAGGUAGAUACUCUGCUCCAGGACCUCAGCAACGCCAACUGUGAACGUGACAUGCUACGCUCCCAGGUGGAGGCUAUGAAAGAGGAGAGGGGCAACCUCUGGUCCCAGUGUGAGACGCUGCAGCGGGACGUGGUGGAGCUGAGGAGGGAGAAACAAGAGUGGGAGAGGGAGAAACAGGAGAGGGAGAAACAGGAGAGGGAGAAAGAGGAGAGGGAGAAAGAGGAGAGAGAAGCAGCUCAGGCUGUAGCUGCCCAGACAGAGAGGGGAGACGUAGCGGCCACUGGUGCUGCUAAUGGCUCGACCUCGGAGGCACCCCAGACACUGAGGGAGCUUCGGAGGAGCAUUGGUCGUCUCCUUGUCACGUUUGUCCCGGCGUUGGACCUCGAACAAGUCAACUACGACUGUCCAGUCAUCGACGAGAUCCUCGAUCAGGUUCUUACUGAUGUGGAGACGUUGGGGCCUGCGUAAGGGCCUGGGGCGGGAUAUGGAUGGAGGGGUUGUCCUCCAUCUAACUCUGUGAGGAGAGGCAGACCUGGAGAUGGUCACAGAGACUUCCUGCCUCUCCUUUUACCUCGGCGUUUUUACACUUUUUAAAUGUAUUUUCUAUGGAUUUUUUUACAAGUGAAAGAGGGAAUGAACUGAAAAGUAUUUAUUUGUAUUGCUGUACAAACACUUUUAUAUUGUUCCAUGACCAUGGUGGUACUUAAUGAUGCAACAAACAGUAAGCUAUUUUGCACUGAAACUUUGGGGUUACUGAGUUCAACCUCUCCUUCUCACAAACACUUACUACUCCAAUGUGGAUGGAGGCUCUAGAAUCUUGUCAGUGUUCCGGGAAGAUGUUUUUCUCUUAGAUUACAGGUGACCACAGUGACCUUUCCUGGAAUUAUGUCAGGAACAGAGGAGUUUUCACUUGAUGAGUUAAGGGACGUAGUCUCCGCCAUGAUCUGCUCUGUGGCUUGGUAGAAGGACCCCCUUCUCUCCCAAAACAGACCUAGCCAUCAGUUCUACAUCAAGACAGACUAAGUUCAGUAUUCAAUGUUGCAUUCACUCUUAUGUGCUCAUGUUCAUUUAUAUGCUAAGAAAUAAUGAAGACUUUUUCACCCAAA